AUGAGUUCAAGCGGUGAUUCCCUCUCCAUGGUUGACGCGGAUAGCGUUAGUUCUAAUGCUCUCUGGAUCCUCACCCCGACAACCAAGAGCAACUACUAUCGCCUUCACACAGUUGCCAGGGGCGUGGGGAAGUCGCUCGACGUUAUCAAUGACGGAGUGGAAAACAUCAAUCUCCACAUGGCCGACACCGGUGAUUUCUCCGGCCAGUUUUGGAGAUUCGACAAUUGGACUCCAUGCGGUCAGUGUUAUCCAUAUCGCCUGAGCAAUACUUUUACGGGACAAGAUAAGCACCUGGACGUAUACUCGGAUACGUUUGUUGCUCACCUCGCUGGUGGCAACCAUAGCGGGCAGCAUUGGGAGCUUGUUCUUACAUCCACUGUUGCGCCACUCGCAGAUGCUUCUACUACGUCCAAAUCAUGA